AGAGGAGAUGCCAAGAGAACCGGAGACACUACUUUAGAAGAGACGGCAAAGUUGGCAGGAUCACAGGCAGCAGCAGCCAUGGGCGAGUGGGGGUUCUUGAGCUCCCUUCUGGAUGCGGUGCAGGAGCACUCGCCCAUGGUGGGACGCUUCUGGCUGGUGGUAAUGCUCAUCUUCCGCAUCCUGAUCCUGGCUACAGUGGGCAGCGAUGUCUUUGAUGACGAGCAGGAGGAGUUUGAGUGCAACACGAAGCAGGUUGGGUGCAAACAGAUUUGCUACGACUUGGCUUUUCCCAUCUCCCACUAUCGCUUCUGGGUUUUCCACAUUGUGGUGCUUUCAGCCCCAGCUGUGCUCUUUGUCAUCUACUCCAUGCACCAGACCACAAAAAUCAACCAUGGCUUGAAGGAAAUGGAAGCAGGAGAGGAGGAAGCCAAAAUUGCAGGGAGGAAGGCCCAAGUCCAAUUUGGGCUCCAGCCCAGCCAACGCACUCAAAACAUCCAGACCUUCUACAUAGUCAAUGUUGUCAUGAGGAUCUUAGCUGAGAUAGGCUUUCUUGUGGGACAGUGGAUGCUGUACGGCUUCCAGGUGGGGUAUCUGUACAUCUGCAAGCACGGUAUGUGCCCUCACCUCAUUGAUUGCUUUGUCUCUCGGCCAACUGAGAAGACCAUCUUCAUCCAAUUCUACUUCAUGGUGGGGCUGGUGUCAGCUUUGCUCAGCCUGGUGGAGCUGGCACACCUUUUAUUCAAGAACCGCUGCAGGAGGCGCCGCACAAUCGCCCCUCCCACCACAGCGUCUUAUGAACAGCAGGACAAUUGGUCCAAUCAGAAACAAGAAAAAUCAAAGCACUUUCUGGCCCCAGGAGAUGGGGCUGCCAACGGGACGCCCUCUCAGGGUGGGAUCCCCAACCAUUACGAACCCAAGACCCACUUCCAUCAUAAAAGCUCUACCAAGAGUAGCCGGUCUUCUCGCUCUUCUGCCAGAGCUGACUUAACAGUGUAAGGGCAGCGAACUGCUCCUCCUCUGCCUAUUUGGUGGUUCCCUGGAUGAGCCGGAUUCCUCCAGGGCUGGUAUAAUCAUGGGCUGGGCCUGUUCUCAUCCGCUGUCAAAUAACAUAGAUCUGAUAUCUGAUGGUCCCUUUUAGCUUGUAAUGGGAACUGCUCCCAUCCUUGGUAAU